AUGGACCCAGCCAAUCGGAUCCUGCAAGCUGAAGAAACGGAUCUAAUUACUGCAGUCCGCCUCAUUCAAAGUGCAUCUUCUUGCAUCGAAGCUUUAAGAUCUGAUGCGGAAUUUAUUAAAUUGUGGGAUGACAGUGGGGAUGCAUGUGAGGGCACGCCUGUCCCUCCAAAACGACUGCGGCAGACCACCGGGGCCCUUCAGGACUACGUGGGAAAGGAGCAGGUCAAAGAGAGAGAGGAGCAGGUCAGAGAGAGAGAGGAGCAGGUCAAAGAGAGAGAGGAGCAGGUCAAAGAUGGAGAAGAGCAGGUCAAGAAGGAGAAAGAGCAGGUCAAGGAGGAGGAGGAGCAGGUCAAGAAGGAGAAAGAGCAGGUCAAGGAGGGAAAGGAGCGUUGUUUGGCUAUGGACAAUAUUGCCUGUGAUGUUGAUGAGGUCCUGUGGCCCGACCCAGCCCAAUGA